CCUAGUUCAGUCUUCUAGCUAGCUAGAUAGUUAUUAGCUGGCAUUCUAGCUAGUUCAGUAUCAACCAAGUUAUUGGGCGGGUUGCAAACUAGCAAGUCCAUGGUGAGGAGUGACGGAGUGAGUCGAGUCAAGUGGGCGUGGCCCCUGAUCACUUUGUGGCUCUUCCAAUAAGAAAAACGACGGUCAAAAAGCAAAAUUGAUAAAAAGAAGCGAAAAAGACUCGAACCGGAACUGAUUUGGCAGAUCUUAUUGUGGGAGUCAAGGCAACGCUCACAGCGCACCUCAACCCACAGCCCACUCCAAUCAAAUAGUAACCCACGGGACAAAAGGAAAUGAUGAUGUACGUUGGUUUUACUACUUAGCACCUCGUCAGGGAGCAAGAACAUUUGCUUUCCAGCCACAACCCCACUUCAGUCAUUAAAUUUUUUCUGUUUGCUUCUCCAACCCAAAGAUGCCAUCUUUCCGCUUCUACAACGUGUUGACCAUCGUUCUGCUUGUCCUUUCCCACAGCUGGGAGGCAACAGACGCCUUUGCUGGUUUUACUGGUGAUGGCAAGGGCAAAGGUGGUGGUGGCGGCAAGGGUGAUGCUGGCGGUGGCAAGGGUGUCGCAGAAGCUGGUGCUGCAGGUGGUGCUGAUGCAGGAGGAGAUGGAGGUGGUUUUAAUAUCGGCAACGUGAUUCCUAAUCCACUGGAUGUUCUGAGCAGUGUUGCAGAUCAAGUUGGAGAUGCCUUGGAAGGUGGAACAAAUUCCACUGGCACUGGCAAUGCCACUGACGCCAGUUUGUUUGACACUGCCGUGGAUAUUGCACUCAACACUGCACUUGAGACAGCAUACGCUACAGCAGAGGGUCUUGUUAACGAAGUUGUUGCCACUGUGACCGGUGACGACGGUGGAAGGAAGCUCAGCAAGCUUCGUGGGGCCAAGAAAACCAAAGUGGAAGCCUGAGUUCCUUUCUCCAUGAGGCAGCACGUCUGCAGCCAACGCCCGUUCCUCUCGUGAUGGGAGUAAAGCGGACGAUUUGGCUGAUGCACGGUGCGUCCGAUACAAUGGAAAGAGAAAGAGAGCCUCCACACAUGCGUAGUCUAUUUUAACUUAAUGAAGAGUGUUGCAAGAAGUGCCUUCCUCUC